AUGGCCGACACCGACAGCGACCUGGAUGGAGUGGCAGACUGUGUGGAUCAGUGCCCAUCAGACAGCAACAAGGUCUUCGUUGGCAAGUGUGGAUGUGGCCUGGCAGACACCGACUCCGAUGGCGAUGGGAUGCCGGACUGCCUGGACCUCUGCCCCAACUCUCCCGCCACGGCCACGGCCAUGGGCCCCUGCGGCUGUGAUGCCUCCGACGCGGACGGGGACAGCGUGCCCGACUGCGCGGAUCAGUGCCCCCAUGAUGCCGAGAAGGUCACCGCCGGUUUGUGCGGUUGCAACAUGGCGGAUGUCGACAGUGAUGGUGAUGGCAUUCCAGAUUGCUAUGACUCCUGCCCGAACCAAACAGACAUUGCGAAUGACGGGCUCAGCCUGCAGUUUGGCGUUCCCGUUACUGCAGCAGGCGGCGAGUUCCGCUUGUGCUGGUGUGCUGCUGGCUUCGCAUGUUCUGUUCAGGGCGACUUCGUGGUAGACUUUGGCUCGUUGCAGGUGGUGGGGCCGUCGCCACUGGUGCAAGAUCGUACCUGUGUUGCUGGCCAGCCAUGUCAGGUAGACAAUUUGCUGGGAAGCUAUCUUCAUGCAGAUGAUCAUGUUGCAGUCCUGAGCACAUGCGGCAUGCUUGCAGCAGUGGAAGGCUUGCCAGAUGGCGGCUGGCUCUCCUCGAAUUCCAGCGGCGUUCUCGGGUUUGGAUCUGUGAGGACUGCGGCGGAAGGUGGGGACUAUCGGCUUUGCUGGUGCGGCCAGGGCUGCCAAAAGCCGGAGGAGUUCCGUGUGGAUGUGGGCCAGUUUUGGAUGGCAGGGCCGGCUCCCUUGAGGCAAAGCUGGACCUGCAUCAACGGCUUGACCUGCCAAGUAGACCCAACGGGCCAAGGCUUGGCACAGCACGACAGGCUGAUUGUGAUGGACACCUGCAGCCGGAAUGAGGAAACCCAUCGCUAUCCUUGGACGGUGCUCCCCUUGUCGGCUUCGGGAAGUGAGGCAUCAUUUGAGUUUGAGCCCAAACUGCUAACAGCCGGACAGUACCGUCUAUGCUGGUGUGGCACAGGCAUGAGCUGCAGCACUUUCGAAGACUUCGCCCUUGAUAUCGGCGAGUUGAAUUUGGUGGGGCCUGCACCACUUCAACAGCACAGGACAUGCAUCAGCGGGCAUUUGUGCCAUUUCGAGAGCUUCUCCGGAUUUCACAUGACAGGGCUUGGCAGCCUUUGGAUUCUGGACACCUGCAGCAUUGGCAGUCCUCAGAAGCGGCUCCCAGAAACAGGCCUUCUGUCGGCCCGCGCGGCCCGGCCGUCGGCGGGCUGUGCGGCUGCUGCUGCAGAUGCUGACGGAGACGGUGUGGCAGACUACUUGGAUCAGUGUCCGCUUGACCCUGCACGGAGUGCCGUUGGCUUGUGUGGCUGUGCGGCUGAAACAGACUCCGACUUGGACGGCCUGCCGGAUUGCCUGGACUCAUGCCCGCUGGAUGAGAACAAGACAUCUCCUGGUCAAUGUGGUUGUCACACUGCUGAUGCUGAUGCAGACGCUGAUGGAUCGCCAGAUUGCAUUGAUUUGUGCCCCGAUGAUUCCUCCAAGACUCUGCCAGGUUUGUGUGGAUGUGGGCUUUCUGAUGCGAGCGAUGCAGAUGGCGAUGGAGUUCCGGACUGCCAUGAUAAGUGCCCGAGCUUUGCAGACCAGAUACCUCCAGUGUGCGGCUGCGCUGCAGCGAGCGCGGAUGACGAUGGCGAUGGAGUCUCCAACUGCUUCGAUGCGUGUCCCAACGAUGCUAGCAAAACCCUGGCGGGGGUUUGUGGCUGUGGAGUGGCUGACAUUGACGGCGAUGCUGAUGGACACAUGGAUUGCGUGGAUGGUUGCCCUUCCGACCUACUGAAAACAGGUCCUGGCCAGUGCGGCUGUGGCAUUGCUGAUACAGACACCGAUGGUGACGGAAUUGCUGACUGCAUUGAUCAAUGUCCCACUGACUCUGGCAAAAACAUACCUGGCAUUUGUGGAUGCGGGGUUUCAGAUUUUGAUGCUGACAAUGACGGUGUUCCAGACUGCUAUGACCGAUGCCCUGGUCUCUAUGACUUCCGCCCACAAGAGCAGGAGACAUUUUACACCCUGGGGACGCCGAUAUCUGCUGCGGGAGGUGUGUAUCGCCUCUGCUGGUGUGCGCAAGAGGCCACAUGUCAGAGCAGAGAAGACUUCGGCGUGGAUGCUGGGGCUCUUGAAAUCGUCGGCCCCAGUCCGCUCGACCAGGAUAGGACUUGCGUGAGUGGGCAAAUUUGUCGGUGGGGAGGCUUGGAAGGUCAUUCCCUGGACCUCAAGGACCAGUUGCUGGUGCUUGACACCUGCUUUGUGGACACCAUGGAUUUGCACCUCUUGGACAAUAUCUCGAUGCUGCCGGACUUCAGGAUCGAACUCACAGGUUCCAACGGUUCAGGCUUCACGACCUUUGCCACCUCUUCUGCCUUGAGACUGGGAGGUGGCACAUACCGGCUGUGCUGGUGCUCCGGGACUGGCAGCUGUGGCAACUUGGCUCACUUCCAGGUUGAUGUUGGAGCACUGACGGUGGCGGGCCCUGCGAACUUCAAACAGCAUUCCACGUGCAUCACGGGGCAAGCAUGUUCUUUUGAGGAGAUCGUUGGAACGUGGUUCAGCACCAGUGACAGCAUGCUGCUGCUAGACACUUGCGGGACGGCGGAAGUAGCAAGCAGUCUAAACCUCGACCUGCAGCUGAUGUUGAAUUCCGCACCCGACCCUACCAAUGGAGCCUCUUCCCUUUCUGCGGGCUUCAGCGCCAGCACUGCGGCUGGGGGCACAUACCGAAUUUGUUGGUGCCCGAAUAUCACCGGAUCAGUCAGCCCCCGGGAUUGUGGCGCGGACAUUGGCGCUUUGUACCUCUUGGGCCCGACGCCUUUGAAACAGGACCGAACGUGUACCUUGGGCUCCUCCUGCAUGCUGGAAGAUUUCACCGGCCUGGGGCUUGACGGCAACCACAGCCUUUUGGUGCUGGACACAUGUGGCCUGGAUCCCACCCAAAGGUACAGAGAAAUCGAGCAUUUCUCGCCUGCCAUUACCUGGCAGCCCACAGGUGGUACCAUCUUCCUGUCCUCAGGUGAUGUAACAAGACCAAGUGGUGGGCGCUACAGGCUUUGCUGGUGUGCCGAUCCCUGUGACCAGCUGGUGCACUUCGCAGUUGACAUGGGGCAGUUGGAGAUGAUUGGACCAAUCAGAGCAGGGCAGCAGCACAGGACUUGCAUUUCCGGGCAGCUCUGCUCAUUCUCAAUUGAGGGCUGGCGACUAAAUGCUGGCGAUGCCUUCGUGGUUUUGGACACGUGUGCGCAAGCUGCAAGCCUCACUGGAGCGCCAGAUUUCGGUCGGUUUACCACCGUUUCCGUCUUCGAGCCAAGCUUGGUCGAUCCAGGAUCAUUUGCGAGCCUCUCUCUACCUGGCACGCUGACGGCAGCGGGUGGCAUGUAUCGCAUUUGCUGGUGCGCGAGUUCAUCUAGCUGCCGGGAGGCUGCUGAAUUCGAUGUGGAUGUCGGACAGCUGCAAAUCAUCGGUCCUACCCCAUUGGCACAAGACAGGACCUGCGUAUCUGGGCAACCUUGCCUGUUGGAUGCUUUGUCAGGCAGCGCGCUAUCCACAGCUGAUCGCUAUUAUGUCUUGGAUACAUGUGCCACAAAAUCUCCACCUGCAAGAUUUGCCGGGGCAGGCGUUGAUGAAGUGAAUUCAACACUGGCGCUCAGCGAAACCCUAGUUUCCUGGGGUGAUGUGCGGGUGUCGGCCACAGGGGGAAACUACCGAAUUUGCUGGUGUGCCGGAGGGCAGGUUUGUAGCGCCGCUGAAGAUUUUCAGGUUGAUAUGGGUGGUCUUGUGCUCAUUGGGCCACGGCAAACUGGUGCUACCUGCUUGUCUGGUCAGCCUUGCGUAGUGGAAGGCAUAUCCGGGGAGUACCCGCACAUCGGUGACACAGCAGUCCUUUUGGACACAUGUGGACUCAGCCUGUCGGUCCUAGGCUUGAACAGCUUCCCCAGCGAAGGGCUCUUGUUGUCCCAUGGCGCAAGCCGUCUUCAGCUUGGAAGCAGCGGGGCUAUGACCGCGAUCUUGACGGCAGCGGGGGGCGAGUACCGACUUUGUUGGUGCGCUGGUGGCUUCGACUGCUUCCUGGCGGAGGACUUCAUCACGGACAUUGGGCAUCUGGAUCUCAUCGGACCCAGACUGGACCAGGACCGUACGUGCAUCUCAGGCCGGGCAUGUGAAUUCCAGGCAGUCGGCUUCUACCUCAGCGACUCGGAUUCCGUGAUGGUUCUGAACACAUGUGGCGCGGCCGAGGAUUCUGGCGCUUUGGUGCCACGAUUCCCACUUGAAGUUCCUUCCCUGAUGCUGGAGAACAAUGAUGGAGCAAACACAGUCAUGCAGGUGACCUGGAACACAUCAGUUACAUCUGUGGGUGGACAAUUCAGAAUGUGCUGGUGUGCGUCGGGCUCCGAUUGUCAGUUGUCUCAGCACUUCCGGGUGGACUUUGGCCAGCUGCUACUUAUUGGCCCCCAUGCACAACUUCCAGUAGAGAGGACAUGUGUGGCGGGACAAACUUGCCAGCUUGAUGGUUUCUACGGAAUUCUGCAAUCCACCGACCAGUUUGUUGCUCUGGACACAUGCGGCACAUCCUCGCUUCCCAGCUUGCCCGCUGACGGCGUGUUCAGCAUCUCGGAGUCCGGUGCUGUGGCCAGCUUCGACAAUGAAACGAUAUUUGGCCCCGGUGGGGAGUACCGUCUUUGCUGGAGAGGGGAUGUCGACAUAGACAUGGGACGACUUUUGGUUGUCGGGCCAGCUCCCUUGAAGCAGCAUCGCACCUGCGUGAGCGGUCAGGAGUGCUUUGCCGAUGGCUUACGAGGGGUUGGACUUGGAACGACAGAUCGCUGGAUGAUUCUGCAUACAUGUGGUGUCAUCUCCCUUCUGGAUGGCAUGGUGGGCGCCGGGCAGGUGGUGUCUGUGGGGCAGAGUGGAAGCAGCAUCGACUUCGGGGUAGAGCCAACCACUGUCGGAGGUGGCCAGUACAGGAUGUGCUGGUGUGCUGCCGGGUUUGUAUGCAGCACCGCCGAACACUACCUCGUUGACGUCGGAGAGCUGCGGCUCAUGGGACCUUCCGCAGCGGCUUACACUGUCACUUGCAUCAGUGGCCAGCCAUGUUCUUUCCCUGUUCCACCAGGAGAGACCUUGUCAGCGGCAGAUUCCUAUUUCAUCCUGGAGAGUUGUGGUGUGGCUGGGCUUGUAAGUGGCCUACCAGAUUCAGGGUUGCUAUCACUCAUUCCACUUGUGGACAACACCACUUGCCGGGGUGGGGACUGCGAAUUGACCUUCGGCACUACGAUCGUGACUGCCUACGGCGGGCAGUACCGCCUCUGUUGGUGCAGUGGUGCCAGCUGCAUUCGCGAGGAGCAGUUCCUUGUGAGCGUUGGCCAGGUGGAGCUGAUCGGACCUCAGGCAGUCGAUCGGACCUGCAUAGCCGGACGCAGCUGCGUGGUGGAUGAUGUCCCAGGCUACGGCUUGCUGGACGGCGCCGUCUUCGACCAACUGGCGAUUUUAGACACCUGCGGCGUCCGCAGUGUGAUCGCUUCCACGGCUGCUGCCCAGACUUCCGAGACUUCCUUCACUUUCGACAUGAUCACUGCUGCGGGGGGCACGUACCAGCUCUGCUGGUCUGCUGCGGCGUCGAGCUCUGGGCCUGAGUUGUCGUACCACGCAGUCACCCUGGGCAGCCUUACGGUCAUUGGGCCCGUGCCGAACUUCCAAGACAGGACCUGCAUCAGUGGCCAGAUGUGCCAAUUCGGCGGCAUCACCGGCAUGCACCUCCAAGAUGGUGACCGCUUCAUGGCCCUGGAGACCUGCGGCGUAGCCUCCCACAUUCCAGGCUUUGGUUGGUCAGGUGCCGCCAGCGUGGUGAGUAGCGGCUCUGCGGUGAGCUGGGGCACAGCGCCUGUGAUGGCCAUGGGUGGCCGGUACCGGCUGUGCUGGUGCGGCCAGCGCGAGGCCCUCGGCGCGUGGACCUCGCUGCAGGCCACGGAUGCGGCCUGCGCGGUGCCCACAGACUUUGCGGUGGCCGUCGGGGAGCUGCGGCUGGUGGGCCCCGUGACGCCCGAAGCCGUGCAGAUCUCCAUAGCCCAGGACUGGGGCACGCUGAGCCUGCAGGAGAAGGCGCGCCUGGGCCCAGAGGUCGGAGGAGAGCAGAACCGUGAGUGCGUGGCUGGGCAACCCUGUGAGAUCCAGGGCUUGCAAGGUCUUCACAUCAGCGCGGGAGAUUCCUUCAUGAUCUUGGAGACAUGUGGCCUGGCCACAGCCAUCGACCGCCUGCCUGUGAGUGGGCAACCCGAGGUUGUGCUCAAUGAGGGCUACUCCAACGCGUGGAAUUUCCCACAGUCCUUAGAGUACCAGCGCUUGGAUGUGGUGACCCUGCGAUUUGACACCCCUGUCACCGCCGCCAGCGGGCAAUACCGGAUCUGUUGGUGCGCGCAAGCUGCGGACUGCUUUACCUCCGAAAACAGGCGAGUGGAUGUGGGACGUCUCCUCCUUCGGGGUCCGCAGUUGGAUCACUCCUUCACCUGUGCAUCGGCGCAGAACUGCUGGAUUCAGGAUAUUCUUGGGCAGAGCCUAGCCAUAGAUGACCAGCUGCUGGUGUUGGACACCUGUGGAGUGAGCAAUCUUGACGACAUGAACUUCUCAGGGGACCAUGGAUGGCCGCAGCAAGGGCUGACCACAUCCCAGUCAGUGCAGGGAGUGAUCAAGGACUCCUUAGGCAACACCCUCACCACAGUUCCACAGAGCAUCCUCGCCAAGUUCGACUUCAGCAGCAUUCGUGUGACAGCGCAUGGUGGGAUGUACCGGCUUUGCUGGUGCGCUAGUGGCUUCAAUUGCACAGCAGUUCAGGACUUUCGGCAAGAUCUGGGAUCCCUGCAGUUGCAGGGCCCAUCUCCCUUGCAACAAGACCGAACUUGCACGAGUGGACAGAGCUGCAAGCUCGAGUCAAUCUUUGGGGAGGGCCUGUCUUCAGCUGAUCUCAUCAUGAUUCGAGACACUUGUGGCCUCAUCCCUGCAAGUUCCUCAGAGCUUAUACCGCGGUUCCCAAAUGACGGUAUGGUGACCACCACCAUGACAAAUGGUGAGGCCUUUGCCUGGAUGGAUGGUGUAGGGCACAUGGUGACCACUUCCGCCAGCGGCAGCUACCGCCUGUGCUGGUGCAGACCCAACCAAGCUGAGUACGUGUCCUGCUCGCUGGCCGAGCACUUUGCCACUGACUUGGGGGAGUUGACGCUGCUUGGUCCUGCGCCUCUGUCGCAGGACCGGACCUGCAUCAGCGGCUUGCCGUGUGUUUUCGGGAACAUCUCCGGCUCGGAGCUGCAGUACGGCGACCGGCUCCACAUUUUGGACACCUGCGGCCUGCUCGGCACCGAGGUGCCCGGCAUCCCCAACGACGGCCUAUCUCUGCCCGGCCUGGGCGCUGGCCAGGUCUUCUCCUGGGGCGAGGAGGUCCUCACCUCGGCGGGAGGCCAGUUCCGGCUGUGCUGGUGCGCGGCAGGCUUCCCCUGUGAGAUGUUGGACCACUUCGGGGUGGACAUCGGACACCUCCACGUCAUCGGCCCCCAGAAGCAGCACCAGGUGUACUGCGCCUCCGGCUACGCAUGCUGGGGCUGGAUCACGGGCCUGGAUCUCAGCGCGGACGACCAGAUCAUGGCAGCGGAGGAGUGUGGCGCGGCGCUGGAGCCGUGGCCUUCCCCCCGCAGCCGCUACCCCGAGAUCCCGGGCUUCCCGCAGAACGGGCGCCUCAACUUGGAGCCCUACGUGGGGGCGACCUUCCAAUUCUCCUGGACCGCAGCAGAGCCCAUCACCGCGGCAGGCGGUAUUUACAGGCUCUGCUGGUGUUCGGGAGCAAGUCCCGGUGGCUGUGCUUCCUCGGAAGAGUUCCAGACUGAGGCCGGAACGCUGAUUCUCAUGGGGCCAUCCGAGUACCUUGCUGACCUCUUCACCCUUGUGGCUGGACCUUCAGAGCCCAAGGAGAUUUGGCGAUGGGACGUUCCAGACCCCACCUCGGUUCAGAUCCAGGAGUAUGGCGGCGCCCUGACCAUGCACAGUAUGGCAAGCACUGGCAGCGAAACACGGGGCACUGUGCCUAUCCUGUAUGUGGAGGCCCCUGCGUCUGGCCUUUGGGAGGCGCGUGUCUCGGUGUGCGUCACAUCUGCAGAAGUUUCUGCUGGUCUCACCGUUCUGGAUAGGGAUGGCAUCAUGCCGGACCUUUUCCUUGGAUUCGACAGCUUUACCAGCCGCGGCUUCGCAAGUUCCAGCGGCGUGGUUGCCCUGCGCUACGGCAGCGAGGGCUUUUCUGGCACGGUGGCCUCGCAGGAUGUGGCGGAAACUUGGAUGACCCUGAAGCUGGUAAGGACGGGCAGCGGUCGCUAUGACUUGUGGUAUAGUCCUGGCUUGGCCUCCGCAGCCUGGCAGGCGCCGGACGAUGCAAGGAACUCCAAUGCCGGCGAGCGGCCGCGGCUCUUCGUGAAAACAAGUGGCAUGCCGGGUGAGCGCCUCUUCUCCGAGACAGAGUGGCUCCCGCUGGCGCAGCAAGUUGUGAGCACCGCAGGCCGGCGCAUCGGGCUGUACCUCAUCACGGGAGAUGUGUCUCGUGAAGCCAAGUUCAAGGACUUCUUGGUCAGGGACCUCUUUCCGGAGAGCGUGGCCUCCUUUUCCCUGGAUGACGGCCAGCUCCGAGAGAAUUUGGAAGCGAGUGGCAUGCCGGUGAGCCAAGCCAGCGUCUCUGGGCGGGACGGCUACAGCCAGGGAGCCUUGCUCUUCGAUGGCAACGGCUUGGCAAUACCCCUGGACCCCCUGCUGCGUGAUGCUUCCACCAAUGCCUCUGUCCACGAGUUCACCGUGUCCCUGUGGGUGAAGCCUUACUCUUUGGGCUCCGGCGGUAUCCUGGGGCGGCGCCUUGCGCAGCAUCUGCCAGAUCUCCAGAUCUCGCCAUCCAUUUCAAUGACCCCAGAAGGCGGGGUGGCGUGGAGCAUGCUGGACGAGACAGGACAGAAUUUCACAAAUGUCUACCAGAUCCCAACAUCGAGGCCUUACGCACCUGUGCUUCCUACCUCAGCCAGCACAUCUUUGGGACAAGUCUUUGAAGUGAACGAGUGGGUGCACAUUGCCUUUGUAAAGGAAGCCGACACCGUACUGUUCUACAGAAAUGGAAAGCGCUUUGGCUUCGCAAGCUUGGCUCCGGAUGUGCAGAUGAGCGACUCUGAUGGGGUGCCGCUUCUCAACUUCUUGCAGGACCUCCCAUUUCACGGAGCAUUGGACGACGUCCGCUUUUUCGAUGUUGGCCUCGCAGAUUUUGCUAUUGCCCACCUGUUCGGCGAUGCUGAUUUGGACACUUUGCGAGGUAAAACGCAGAGAUGUAUGGCCGGCAGCAACUGUGUCCUCACUGGUGUGACUGGGCAGGGCCUUUCGGAUUUGAGCACCUAUGCAGUUUUGUCGCAGUGUGGCCGCACACCGGCAGUUUCCGGCUUCCCCGGUCUGGGCAUUUCGGACAACACCACGGGAGGCAGUCAGGUCAUUAGCUGGGGCCACACCUCGGGCUUGCCGCUCACCGCCUCCGGGGGCCGGUACCAACUUUGCUGGUGCGGCGCCAACUGCGCAGCUCCCGAGGACUUCCGCGUGCUGGUGGGAACCUUGGUGGUGGUCGGCCCGUACACGGGCCAGGCGCGCACCUGCACCUUGGGGCAGGUGGCCACUUUCGACCUCCAGGGCCUGGAGCUAGAUGCGGGAGACAAGGUGAUGAUCAUGGACACCUGCGGCGCUACAGCCGUUUCUGGCCUUCCCCAGAACUCUACCACAGACGUGCAGCCGUCCAAGUGCUAUGGCCAUGUGGGCUUGGGUCUGGUGGCAAGUGAGGCCCAGCAUGCCCAUGGAUCUGGCUUGACGGGCAAGACGCAGAGUGAGUGCUGUGCCCUGUGUGGCAGAAGCUUGUACUUGGACUGUGUGGCUUGGGUUCAUCGCCCGAGUGACCUCACGUGCUUUUUGUACAAGUCCGUCGGCACCGUGGAGAGACAGGAGGACCGGGUGAUGGGCUUUAUGCAGGAGUGGAGAUCGGCUCCCAACCAGGCGAUUGUGGCCACCAUACUCACGGGCAACCGUCCUGGCGCUGGCUCCUCAGGGCCCCUCCGCUUGUACGUGUGCCGCUCGAACUUGGAGUGCCACUCCGCGGACGACCUGGUGCUCGCAGAUCUACAGGAGGGCUAUCAAAGCUUUGAGGUCAUCACCUCCUGGCCUCCAUCUUGGGACUGGACAGGCGUGAAGAUCUACUCAGACACCAGCGACAGAUGGUUCUUGGAAUCCCUGGUGGUGACGGGAAAUGGAACCUCCUGGAAUUUUAGCUACGGUGGUUGGAUUGAAGAUAGUGCUGAAGUCUACCUCACGCACGCUGAGCCAUCACAACAUUUGUUUGGACAGCUUUGGGGGGCAGAGACGCCUUCCAUGGCUUCGGGCGGCUUGUAUCGGCUUUGCUGGUGCUCUGGAACCCUGCCAUGCAGCAGCACUUCCGACUUCAAUGCCGACGCAGGCAUUUUGACGCUCAGAGGACCUGCCCCCCUCACGCAGCAUUUGACGUGCAUGACCGGCCAGGCUUGUGGCAUUAGUGGGCUUUCGGGCUCUGACUUGUCUGUGGGCGACAAGGUCAUGGUGCUGGACACUUGUGGCCAGACCGGGCUGGAGGCGUCGGGCAUGAUCUGGGACGGAACUCUGAGCCACCACAGCCUGGUGCCGCGCUUCACGGCGGCUUGCCGCAGCUCACAGCACUGCCUCCGAGACGUGGCCUGCGACAACGCCACCCAUGGCCUCUAUGAGCAGCCCAGCAUCGCCUGCGGCAUCUCCGACCCAGCCACCAAUGGAGGGGCGGACUUCACGUGGGGCGGCGGGACGGUGUACCCCUCGGCGCCUGGCGGGGUUUACAAGAUUUGCUGGUGCGCUGCUGGGCAGAGCUGCUCCAUGUUCGAGCACUUCAAGGUUGAGGUGGGCGAACUCAGCCUCGCUGGCCCCACUUCAAUGGAACAGCACAGGACCUGCGUGGCAGGGCAGCCUUGCGUGGUCAGCAACAUCCAGGGCUAUUCGCUACAAGACGGGGAUACGAUUAUGAUCUUGGAUGAGUGUGGCGGUGUGUCUCAGAAGCCCAUGUGCCCCUUCCAGCCUUUGGAGGAUGCAGCUGAUGCCUUGCUGCCAGGUUAUAAUGCAAGCCUGGCCCAGUGGGGCUGUGGCACUGUCGCAGACCGGUGGCCAAGUCCAGGAGGUCCAUUGGGCCAAGCUCAGGGCAUUUCCGAGCCGGCCAUCUCCUCUCUUCAUCCAUGCGGGUCUGCCAUGACCUGGAUUCCGUAUCACCCCACCAGCACAUGCUACGCCCUUUUUGCAACAGCACUUUCCUGGGUGGAUGCAGAGGCAGCCUGUGAUGUGCUCUAUGGUGGGCACCUGGCGAGCAUAGAUUCACAAGAGGAUUUGGACUUCUUGAUGGAAUGGGUGCUUGAUCCUGCGGAAACAUACUGGAUCGGGUUGAAUGACAGGACUGCGGAAGGCACAUUCGUGUAUUCGUCCGGCACAACCUUCAGCUUCUCCAAUUGGGGGUCCUACCAGCCGGCGACAACUCUCUCAAACACCGAGGAUUGCGUCUAUAUCAUGGGCGAUGGCACAUUCUUUGAUGACGCCUGUGCAAACUCGAGGCAGUACUUGUGUGAGCGAGCUGGAGCAUUCACCGGGGCGGUGCCAGGUGAUGAGUUCCGCUUCGGCGGCUAUCGAACGGCCAAGGAGUCUCUUGUGCCUCCGUCUUCUGCGGGAGGCCAGUACCGGAUGUGUUGGUGUCCUUACGGCAUGCAGUGCAGCGCGGCGGAUCACUUCCGAAUGGACUUCGGCGCGCUCACUCUGGUGGGGCCAGGUCCACUGAACCAGCACAAGACCUGCGUGGCUGGACAGCCGUGCCACCUGUACCCUCUCACAGGGGUCGACUUGCAGGAUGGGGAUUUGGUGCACAUCCUGGAGACCUGCGGCAUGUAUGUGAACGUGUCCCAAUUCACUCACUAUGACAGUUCCUCCGACUCUGGCAUGCACUUACCAAGAUUUCCGAGUAACAACGGCAUCCAGAGCCUGUCAGCGGGUGCGACUGAUGGUGGCAUCAUGGUUUCAUGGGGCUCUGCGACGAUCACAGCCAUGGGCGGCCGAUUCCGGAUGUGCUGGUGUGCUUCGGGAUACACCUGCAGCGCGGUGCCAGAGUUCCGCGUGGAUUUCGGCCGCUUUGAUCUCGCCGGCCCGGCACCUCUAGAUCAACGUCGCACCUGUUCCUCUGGGCAACGCUGCGGCUUCACCAACAUCACGGGCCUUCACUUGAGUGACGGCGAUCGCAUCAUGGUCCUGGAGACCUGUGGAUCAGAUGCUCUGAACGUGGAUUAUGUGCCCCGAUUCGUGGGUGAUGCCGACGGCAUUCCCGGAGAGCCACGGGGCAUCUCCGACCCGGCCAGCGACGGUGGCACAAGCUUCGCCUGGGGCGGGGAGUACUCCAUCGCCAUCUCGGCCAAAGGCGGAACUUACCGGCUGUGCUGGGCUGCCAGCGGCUUCGCCCAGGCCCUCACCUCUGACUUCGAGGUGGACAUUGGCUCCAUCCAGGUGCUGGGGCCUGGCAGCUUUCACAACAACCGGACCUGCAUCAGCGGUCAGCUGUGUAUGUGGGGUGGCGUGACUGGCUUUGGGCUGGAGGAUGGUGAUCGUGUCAUCGUCAUGGAUGAGUGUUCCAAGUUCAAGGGGCCAAGUGAAGGCUACGACAAUUCGGAGCAUAUCGUACCCCGCUUCCCCUCGGAAGGAAGGUCGUUGCCGGCUUACAACAGCACUUCGGAUUCUGGCAGCGUCUACAGCUGGGGAGGCGAAGAUUCGGGAGCCUAUGUCACAGCACAGGGUGGAAGCUACCGCAUCUGCUGGGCAUCAAAGGACUUUGGCGACCUAGGAACCGGCUACUUCCGCUUCGAUGCAGGGACCCUCUCAUUGGUGGGGCCUGCUCCACUCGUCCAGGAGCGUACCUGUGUGAGCGGCCAGGUAUGCAAAUGGUCGGGCUUGCAAGGGCACUUGCUGUCUGAUGGAGAUACCAUGAUGGUUCUGGACACCUGCGGUAGCAUGGCUGCGAUUGUUCCCAGAUGGAACAACCCUGAUGCUCCCAGGUCAUUGCCCAUCUCGCAGCCAGCAACAGAUGGCGGCAUCACGUUCUCUUGGGGUCAUGUGGAGGUCUCAACCCCUGGAGGGCUUUACCGGCUUUGCUGGUGCGCACACCCGCAGCCCUCGAUGAACUGCAGCCGUCCGUCCCAUUUCCGCACGGACGCGGGGACCCUUCACGUGGUUGGCCCCUGGCCAAGCUUUCAGAGCAGGACCUGCGUGGCUGGACAGCCCUGUGCCUUUGGAAAUAUCACUGGCGCCUAUUUGCAGGGAGGGGACAAGAUCAUGGUCCUGGACACCUGCGCCAAUCACUACUUCACAGCUUUGAAUGCCAUCGUGCCUCGCAUGAUUGAUGGAGGCCUGACCGAAUCAGCAGAUGGCUCAUCCUUUGCACUGGCUGAAGCCAGAGGCCACUCCAUUUCAUCGGCAGGUGGUCUCUACAGGCUGUGCUGGUGUGCUUCGGGUUUCAACUGCCAGCUGAGUCGGCACUUCCAGACGGAUGCGGGGGCGAUAAGCAUCAUCGGCCCGGCGCCCUUGUACCAGGACCGCACCUGCGUAUCGGGGCAGCCCUGCUUUGCGGCCUCCUUGACGGGGCAAGACCUGGGCAACGGGGACCGCCUCAUGGUGCUGGAGACCUGCGGCUUCUUCACUGCACCGCUGCGCUUCACGGGCGGCGGUGUGUCGAGCCUGGCGGAGGACAACGGCACUUUGGUGAGCUGGGGCCGGGAGCCCAACUGCCUGGAGCCCUACAACUACGACUGUCGGGGUGUCAGGCCUACCAGCAAGGGCGGGAAUUUCCGUCUCUGCUGGUGUGCCCACAACUACACCUGCGAGCAAGCCAGUGACUUCCGGGUGGACAUGGGGCACCUGGCCUUUUUGGGACCGUAUCCUCUCACCUACAGCCGGACCUGCGUGGCAGGGCAGCCCUGUGCAUUCUCCGGCAUUGAGGGCCACUUCACGCAGAACGGUGACAAGAUGAUGGUGUUGGACACCUGUGCGCACCCAGAGACCCUGCAGUUCAUUCAGAGCUCCGACAAGUGGGCCAUCUACAACUCGCCCUUAGUGGCUGCAGGUCAAUAUGGGUGGUUUGACGGGCCCUCGGACAACGCCAGCUUCAACGGCUCCAGCUUCACCUGGGGCUCGGGUCAGGUGAUCUCAAGCCCGGGGGGGCUCUACCGGCUUUGCUGGUGUGCGGCCAACUACCAGUGCGUCGGUGCCAGGGACUUCCAGACAGACACAGGGCAGAUGAUUGUGGUGGGCCCCUUCCUAGAGCUGCCGGACCCGACGGGUUUGCUGACUUUGGAGCAACGCUUGCAGAUCUUCAGCUGCGUAGCCAACGAGCCUUGCAGUCUGCAGGGCCUCCAGGGCCGGCACCUCGCGGACGGCGAUCUGCUGAUGGUGCGCAGGGACUGCAGCCCCGCCUGGGAGACCAACUCCACGGUGGAGUGGUGGCCCUCCAACACGUUCACCUGGGGCGUGGCCGACCCUGGCAUCGUGCGAUACACCUUGGAGGGGGUGACCUUCCAAGACUACAACUGGGCAGUGGUGGGCACAACCAGUGAAAGGGAGGUGAGAUCUGAGGGCGCCUACUACCGCUUGUGCUGGUGCGCCAAGAAUUUCGACUGCACGGAGCCCAAACACUUCGCGGUGGACGCUGGGACUAUGAAGUUGAUUGGACCCCAUCACAACCAAGGCAUCACCUGUUUCUCCGGAGCGGUGUGCAUUGGGACCCAUAUCACCGGGGUUGGCCUCAGCAACGGUGACAGGACCAUGGUUUUGAGGUAUUGCAACACAGACUUGUACAUCUCACGGUUCCCGAACGACGGCUACUCAGAUCCAGCAGUUGACAAUGGAACCACGAUCACAUGGGCUGGUGCAGACACUGCGCCCCUAACGGCACCAGGUGGCUUCUACAAGCUUUGCUGGUGCGCAGCAUCUCAGACUUGCACCAGGAGUGGUUCGAACUUCCGUGUCGAGUAUGGACAGCUGUACAUCGUUGGUCCUGCACCGCUUACUCAGAGCAAGACAUGUUUGAGCGGUGAAUACUGCAAUGUCACGGACUAUUCUGGUUAUGGCUUAAACGAUGGUGAUCGCUUGAUGAUCUCCUCGCAAUGCGGAGAUGCUAGUGGUGUUGUUCCGCGAUUUCCCAAGAUGGGCAUUUCAGAAGAUGCCAUUGAUAACGGCACAAGCUUCUACUGGAAUUCUUAUGUCACGGCAGGUGGAGGGGUGUACUGGAUGUGCUGGUGCUCCAACAUGUACUCCUGCGACCGAUCAGAUCAAUUCAACGUGGAGUCUGGUUUGCUGACGCUUCCCGGGCCUUAUUUGAAUCAGGAGCGGACCUGCCGAAGCGGUACGGAGUGUGGUUUCGGCGGGCUGGUUGGUGUGGGCCUCGCUGAUGGCGACCGCAUCAUGAUUAUGAACCAGUGCGGCGAUCCCUCGGCUGUGCUCUUUGGCUGGCCAGACAAUGGCAUCUCCGACCCGGCCUUCUUCACGGGCACGGAAUAUGCCUGGGGCACCGCAAGCGGUGGGCUGUAUGUGACAGGAGCCGGGGGUGAAUACUCCAUGUGUUGGUGCUCUGUGUCAGCUCCCAACUGCAGCACCGGGGCGUUCUUCCGCACCGAGCUGGGCAUCAUGAAGAUGGUGGGCCCGGCCAUUGGUCAGCGCAAGGCCUGCACUGCAGGACAGCUCUGCAGCAUUAGCCAGUUCGGCGGCUACGAGCUGCAGAAUGGGGACCGGAUCCUUAUCAGCCCCUCCUGCAUUCCUUUGCUCUCGUCGUACGUGCCGGGCUUUUCCAACAACGGCAUUGCCAUUGCCACAGCAGGUGGCUCCCGCUUUGACUUCACGGUGCGUUUGACGGCGUCCGGGGGUGUCUAUUCCAUGUGCUGGUGUCCCUUCGGCAUGCCUUGCCAGUCCCCAGACAACUUCCAGGUGGACGCAGGCAACUUGACCGUCAUCGGGCCUCUCCUGCAGCACAUCAAGACUUGCAUCUCCAGCCAGGUGUGUCAGUUCGAUGGCUUUGAGGGCCAAGGAUUGCUGAUCAGCGACAGGAUCACGAUACUGGAUACAUGUGGCACGAGUUUCACCUUGCCACGGCUGCCGAACGACGCACUGUCCACCCAGCAUUCAAAUUUGGGCCACACUGUGUCAUGGGGCCCAUUGCGGGCAACAUCCCCCGGAGGCCAGUACAGGCUUUGUUGGUGUGCUGCCACAAGCAGGUGCAGCUCUCCUACUGACUACGUGGUGGACAGCGGAGAGUUGCACAUGUUGGGCCCCAGGCUGUUCCAGCUUCAGCAGUGCUACCCUGGGAUCCUUUGCGCCUUUGACGCGUUUUUGGGCUACGGUCUUCAGGACGGAGAGCGGAUCAUGGCGUUGGAGAUCUGUGGCGUGGGGGAGGGUAUCGCUGGCUUCCCCAACGGCGCCAUCUCCAACGGUGCCACCGAGAACGGCCGGCGCUAUGGCUGGGGCGACGGAUCCAGCAGCAUCGACUUCUUGCCACUGAACACCACCACACCCGGAGGCUUCUUCCGGCUUUGCUGGUGCCCGGCUGACCUGGAGGACUGUGCCUCCAGCGUGUCCUUCCGGGUGGACGCGGGUGCCCUGAUUGUCAAGGGGCCCUUUGCGCGCGUGGACAUGCUCUGCGCGGCCGGGCAAACCUGUACGCUUGGCCCCUGGGACGGAGCUAUGCUGGCCUUGUCAGACCGGGUGCUGAUCGUGGCCCAAUUUGCCACCUGCGGCGCCUCUUCUGCUGAUCCCCAAAUCGGCCAGGGCGAAGCAAAGGAUGUGACCUGCAACUUGGAGCUUACAACCUGCCAGGCGAGUUUGAGCAGCGUGGAGACGCAGCAUGGCGGUCUCUUCAAGGUCUGCUAUUGUGUGACCUACCUGGAUGUCAAUGGCACAGAUGCAGAGCCCUGCACGGACGCCACAGAGUUCACGAGCUACGCAAGCAACCUGCAGGUUCGAGGCCCCUUUGGCUUCCAGACCUUCGCUUGCGUUGUCGGCAUCGACUGUGACAUUGGGAUUAUCGGCUUUAUGCUCUCCUCGCUUGAUCGGGCUAAACUUGUCAAAGAUGGCUUCCCCUGCAACGGCAACCCCGCUGCAGGCGUCCCUGCUCAGGAAGUGCUCAUCAACGCGGGCCAAUCACUUCAGACCAAUGCCAUUGCGCCAAUACCGGAGCAGAAUAGCUCUCGUACCAGGUUUGAGCUCGGUGGCAUCCAAGCAAGCGGAGACUACAAGGUGUGCUAUUGCUCCAGCGUUUUGUCCUGCGCAAACCCCUAUGAUUUCGGCGGACUUGCUGGCACAGUCAUGGUCUCUGGUGCUUCAGAGCAGGUCUACGUGUGCAGACGUGGAUCUGAGUGUAUCAUUCAGCUCAAUGGUUGGCGCUUGGGUCCGAAUGACCGCCUGAAGAUCGUGGCAGAAGGGAGCAGCUGCGCCACGGAUCAGCCAACUUUUGGCUUCGGUGUCAACCCUGCCUGGGUGCAGGACCAGGUGACGUACUUCGAAGACGACACCAACACCACCUCCUUCAACAUGUUCAACGUGGGCGUAGCCAAGGUUGGAACUCAAGAGGAAGGGUGCCAGCCAGAUGACGUUAACUGUGGCUACAAGCUGUGUUACUGCCCUGGCAUCAACGGCUGCACCGAUGGCUCUUCAUACACGCACACGGCAGGAGCAUUACGUGUCACAGAAUCCAUCCGCGGCAUUGAGACUGACAAUUCCUAUGCUGUGAACUCGCACUCCAUUGGCCUCUCGGUGGACUCUGCUUACGGAGGCGGCGUGAUUCGCUGCGUCGUCAAUGAUGGCCCUGCAACCGAGUGGGGCUUGUAUCCGGAUUCGAGCUUCUUCACCUUCGGCCCUGGAUCCGGAGAUAUUGGGUGGGGUGCCUCCUAUGGUGAGGCCACUUCCGGCAAGAAUUCAGUGACGAUUCACUUAACAGGCUUCGUGGAGGCUGGGCAGAUUAUCCGGGCCUGGUGCUACUUGUCCGACUCUCCCGCCUACGUGUUCCCGCCUGAUUUGGAGGGCACGCAGGUGACCGUCCCACUGAACAUGAAGACUCCCAGGGCAGAUUACAUGCCGAGUACGGGCUGGGAGGGUAGCUUGCACAGGAUCAAGAUCUACGAUGUGGAAACCGGGGCCUCCAUCACAGGAGGCAGAAGACUGCAAGCCGCCGACGUCAGGGUCUUGACAGCCAUGAGCACCGAAUCCUGCAUGGGCUUGGCCUAUCACAUGGAUGAGCGCAUGCUGUCUAUCCAGGAUUCCAAGGAUAACUUUGGCAACCUGAUGCUGCAGACAGCAUCGCUGGCAAAGUUGGAUACUGCAAUGUGCAUGGAUGACCCAUCGUGCAAGCUUCACCUGUGCUACUUUGGCAGCCCCCAGGAGUAUCCGAUCACAAUGAGAGAGAAGAUGGACAUCAACCCUGUGCCGGCCCUGGACACACCUACCCUGUAUCGCGGGGCCAGAAACAGGUUUGAGGUUGAGAAGCAGACUUCAUUCUCGGGCAACAUUAGCUGGAUAUCAGUAGAUGAGGUUGCCAGCCUAGGUGCCAUUUUGGACGCAGGCCAGCUUUGCCCAGAAAUGGCAGAUGCUGUCGCCAGAGGAAGAGUCAUCAGCUUGCCCCCCAGUGGCCUCAGUGAUUCCUUCUUGCUCGAUGAGCCGGCUGGCACGUACUAUGCCUGCAUGUUGGACGAUGCGUCCGAUGCUCUGAAGGAAUCCCCUUUGAACUGGGUGGGAACCUUUGAAGUUAGCGAGGUGCUUGCCAGCAUUGCGCAGAGCACCCUCUCAUCAACAAGAACAACCCUUCGACUUGAUGUUGCUGCCAGGCUUCCUGGGCUCCUGACCUGUGUUGUGAAGGAUCCGCAGGUGACCUCCACCAAGGCGCAGGAGAUCCUCGCGGCUGCGGCCGCAGCCGUGGAGGGCUUCACCGGGGCGGCGGCCGCGCAGCAAUAUGCGUUUGCUCAGCGGUCUGCCCUACUAGACUGGCUGCAGAGUCCGGAAGACACGUUGGGCUUGGCGACGGUGACGGUGCCGGCAGCUGUUCCUCCAAAUGUCACCGUCUCAUUGGUGCUGGCAUCCCUGCUGACGACCGACCAUGUACCGGUCUGGUGCUGGCAUUCCGCCGCGGAGGAGACCAAGAUGGUAUCGCCCAGUGAUCCAAAUGGCCAGCAGUUCACCCUGCCUGGUCAAGCCCCACUGGCACAUACACUGCCCACCUUCCUUUGGCCGGGGGCCAGCUUUGUUGUGUUCAUGGAGAACGUCGCGGAGACAUCUGAAGCGCGAGUGAAGAUGGUGAACAACACUGGCGAAUGCGAUGCAUCAGUCUACGCCGAGGCAGUCCCAGUGGUGCGCAACAUCUCCGGUCACGAGGAAAACAUCAAAGCCUACUUGACUGCCAGCCCGCUCAAGAGAAUGUUUUGCUUCUUCGAGCUUCCUGCCUCCCUGCCUAUAGCUGUCAACGCUGGUCAAGGCGGCGUCAUGGAGUUUUCAGAGGCGACGCCACCCAGCCUGGCACUGAUAGUGGAUGAUGCCUUCAUUCAGCACAUGAGCCGUGGUUUGGCCUCCAACCUGGUGUUGUACAACAGUGCCCCAGGCGAGUUCGCACAGGCGUUCUUGCUGGACGAGACUGAGUACCAGACCAACGGAGGACACUGCGUGCAGCCAAUUGGCUUGGCGCCCUUGGACGUCCAGCCUGAGUCGGCUGCGAGCUACAUCCAGCGAGCUGCCGCUGUCCCUCUGAAGGCAGUUUCGGUGCUGCCCACGCCCGUCAACUCGGCCACGCACUUUGUCUCAGUGACGGAAGAUGAGACUCAUCAGUUGGCAGUAGGGCACCGCUACGUCCUUUGCUACGUCGGACUUGCAUCAGACACCACUCGUGUAUUCAACAAGAUUGGCCGCAGUUUGAGCGUGCUCGACAUCAUCCUGUCCUUGGAGAAGGCCUCGGCGGCGGUUGGCCAAGAAGCAGCGACUUCCCAGGAGAUCAAUGUCGUGGUGGAGGCCUCAUUGGCUGGGUCGGUGAGCUGCAUUGCGACGACUCAGACAUUUGCUCGAGCACUGGUGGCUGCGGAGAUUGUGGGUGACUAUGGCCUCACAAUGCCGCAGGACUUCGUCCCAGUGUUCGAGGAGAGUCAGGUUCUUGGCAGGGCACUCCUUAUUCCAGUAUCUGAUACGACCCAGAACCUGUCAGUGACGAUUCCCGUGGAGGCAGCUAGCGCGACGAACAUUCAACGUAUGCCCUUGGGUGUCACUCCACAGGCCUACGUGUGGUGCAAGCACUCAAAGUCCCUGGUGGUCUACCCAGAGGAUGGCAAUGGUGUGGUGGUCACUCUGGGAGUGCUCGCUGCUCCAGCUUUCUCGUACUCACUGCUGGCCAAUCCCUUGACACAGGUGGUGCUUGCUCGCAACGUGUCCUUCCCGACCAUGGCGGUUCUUUGGUCCAGCGCUGGCUUCCCUGCCUACUACUUCGAUGAGGUCGCCUUCACAAUUACACCCACGCUGCCAGACGGAUUGGACAUCAGCUCACAGAAUGGAGGUAUCAAACCGGACCCUGUUCCCCUUCAGCUUCUGCCACCUGCAGACUUCCUGAUCAAGGCCCAAAGCAAGUACGACGUGUUGAAGGCAACCAGCACCACACUUCAGCUGGCAGUGGAGGAGCCUGCUCAAUGUGGGCUGGCCAGUAUCAAGAGCACCGAGGCGACGCUCUCCUGCUUGGUGCACGACGCCCACAACCUGCAGGUGGAGGCGGUCUAUGUCCAAGUCACGCUGAAGACAGGAGAGAUUCUGCCAUUGGAGCCAUCGUCAUUCCCUUGCCUCGGGGCUGCUUCCAAUCCUGGUGGAGGAAUGACCGAGUUCUCCUGCUCACAGGAUGCCUCGGGCUGCUGCUGCUGGAUUUGGGUCAGCGAGCAGACUUCUGUCAACGGCACCAGGCUGAGGAGCGGCAAGAUCAUGAAUGCCGGCUGUGGGUUGCAGGCCUACGAGAGGUACGACGUCAUGACCAUGGCCUCUGGAGUCAAUUCGCUGCUGGCGAAUGCUGCAACCAGCGUUGUGUGGGAGCAGCUCUUUGACUUCACUGUGCCAGAGCGGAAGGAUGCCACGCCGAUUGCAUUCGACAUCAAGGCUGAUAUCAACUACGAACAGAUGUGUGAUCCUGUGCUCAACGGUCCUGCUGCAGAGCAGAAAUGCAAGGACGACAUGAGAGCAGAGCUGGCAGCUCUGCUUGGAACGCCAGAGGACAUGAUCACCAUCACUGCAGUGGGCCCCCCUGCGGAGUACAAGGAACCGGUCAAUCUGAGCAUCGGUCAUGAGGAAGAGCUCUUCGGGAGCUUGAAGGCGGAGCUUGAAAGAGCAUGCAAGAAAGGCAGUGAGAAGGCGAUCCUGCGGCUUCUUCGCAGCCAUCCUGGGCAAAUGCGGCUGCUGAUGGGUCAGCCAUUCGGCACAAAUCGCAUUACCCCGUUUGCCUACUUGUGCUGGUUCGUGCACUGUGAAGCAAUUGAAGAAGUUUGCAGUAGCUUUACAGAAGAGGUGAGACCAAGUAUUGACCAUGCAUUGUCGGUUGCCAGUCGCUUUGGCAAGAAAGAGGUCUUGGACAUAUUGAUGCACCACUUUCCCAAUGAAUGCUGCAACUCAUUGCCGCGGGACUUCGCAGAAGCUUGCCGCAAGUCCCGUGUGCAAGCGGCUUUGUGUUGGCUGAACACUUUCCCUGACGAAGCGGGGGCUACACUGAGUGACAGCAUUUCUUUGGACCAAACCACUCCGUUGUACUGGGCAUGCCGCAACGGUCUCGAUUCCGUGGUGCGCGCUCUCAUCCAGCGACACCCAACGCGGGUCCGUGCAGCUUUGAAUAUUGGGGACGCAGAUGGUCGCACUGGGCUCAGCUUCGCCUGCCAAAACGGCCAUGAAGAGGUUGUCAAGCUACUGCUGGGCCUGCUCCCUGAUCUGCAAGACCCGGCCCCAGAGCCUAAGCAAGGCAUGCUUUCUGCAGAGCAGCGGUCAGACAAUCCUGUCAUGGUGUCAGAAGAUGGCAGAGGGCUCUUGCAGCAACAGGGAUACAAAUUAGUUGGUAGCCAUAGUGCGGUGAAGCAGUGCCGCUGGACCAAGAGCGCCCUUUUUGGUGAGGGCCAGUGCUAUAAGCAUACCUUCUAUGGCAUCAGCUCUCACCGGUGCAUGGAGGGCACACCCUCCUUGGCUUGUGCCAACAAGUGCACCUUCUGUUGGCGUGGCCAUGCGAACCCCGUCACUACCUCCUGGACGUAUCAAACCGAUGCACCGGAGGCCAUCGUCGCAGAGAGCGUGCAAAGGCACCUGGAGAUGUUGGAGAACGUGGCCUUCUCGCCCCGGGCCCUGCCGUCACGAGUAGCGGAGGCAGCGCGGCGAGUGGGGCACAUGGCCCUGUCGCUGGUGGGCGAACCCGUGCUGUAUCCGGCCGCCUCGGAGCUGGUGGGUGAGCUACAUCGGCGCCGCAUCUCGAGCUUCCUGGUGACGAAUGGCCAGUUCCCCGAGGAGCUCGAAAGGCUGGCCUGGGUCACCCAGCUCUACGUCUCUCUGGACGCUGCAAAUGAAGAUGACUUGAAGGAGGUGAGCAGGCCCCUCUUCAAGGAUCACUGGCAGCGCUUGCGCAGAUCCCUUGAGGUCUUGCGCGAAAAGCGCCCAUAUCAGCGCACAGUCGCGCGGCUGACGGUGCUCAAAGGCAAGAACAUGGAGAGAAGCGCCUGCGAUGGCUACGCAGAAUUGGUCCAGCUGGGCGACUGUGACUUCGUGGAGGUGAAAGGGGCCACCUUCGCAGGAUGGGAUGACAGGAGCGGUCUGUCGAUGAGUUCUGUUCCCUGGCAUGAAGAGGUCCGCGAUUUCGCAGAGCAGUUGUCGGAGUCCCUACCAGGCUAUGAGAUCGCUUGCGAGCACGAGCAUAGCUGCUCUGUUCUUCUGGCCCGCCGGGAUCGAUUCUUCAUAGACAACAAGUGGAGAACCUGGAUCGACUUCGAGCGCUUUGCCGAUGCGGCGCAGGAGGGCCGGAUGCUGGAGGUCUCUGAUUUCACCCUGGAGACGCCAGCCUGGGCGCUGGCCAGCGGCUGGCAAGAGGCCGGUGCCCAGUCGCCUGGCUUCGAUCCUGCCGAGCAUCGGCGCAAACCAAGGCUUUCCAAGGCAGAGUACUUGGCUUCGUGA